AUUACUAGAGAUCAUAAAGGCAGUCAUCUGCAAGGGCAUGUGCCAAGUUGCAACAGUAGAAAGACAAUCUUGAUGUUGAAUAAUUCAACUGUACUGCGAGCUUCUGCUUCAUUUCCCUCUCUGUAAAUGUGGUACUGUAGAGCGGAUACACAAGCCGAAGGAGAGUUGAAGUCUCCAUUAACGACUACUGAAGCCAUGCCAUGGUAUCCAAAUUAUCCUAGAGGAGAGUUGGAGUCUCCUAUAGCCGCCAUCAAGAGCCGAAGACUUGAAAUACCCGGUUGACCUCAUUGUUUGUCUGUGAUUUAGUUGGGUGCUUUUGUCCAAUGCUUAUGAAAGCCUUGAUUCGAUACUUGAAUUUCUUUGCC